ACAGUAGUGAAUCAUGGCAUGUUAGAGUUAGAAGGUUCAGUGUUGAUGGAGCUAUUGAGGAAAUGAUAGAGUAAGAGACUCUUUUCUAAGCAACUCAAGUUUGCAGUGAUUCAGGCCUACUUCUGAAGAAGCAGCCUUUUAUCUCAAUGAAUGACACAGAAAAACCAGCAGAUACUCCCUCUGAGGAAGAGGACUUUGGUGAUCCAAGGACAUAUGACCCAGAUUUCAAGGGGCCUGUUUCCAACAGGAGUUGUACAGAUGUUCUGUGCUGUAUGAUCUUCCUACUGUGUAUUGUUGGCUACAUUGUUUUAGGACUUGUGGCCUGGGUACAUGGGGACCCCAGAAGAGCAGCUUAUCCUACAGACAGCCAGGGCCACUUUUGUGGCCAGAAGGGCACCCCCAAUGAGAACAAGACCAUUUUGUUUUACUUUAACCUGUUACGCUGUACCAGUCCCUCCGUGUUGCUAAACCUACAGUGCCCUACCACACAGAUCUGUGUCUCCAAGUGCCCAGAAAAAUUUUUAACCUAUGUGGAAAUGCAACUUUUGUACACAAAAGACAAAAGCCACUGGGAAGACUACCGUCAGUUCUGUAAGACCACUGCUAAGCCUGUGAAGUCUCUCACACAACUUUUACUGGAUGAUGACUGUCCAACAGCGAUUUUUCCAAGCAAACCUUUUCUCCAGAGAUGUUUCCCUGACUUCUCUACCAAAAAUGGCACUUUAACAAUAGGAAGUAAGAUGGUGUUUCAAGAUGGAAAUGGAGGGACAAGAAGUGUUAUAGAACUCAGGGAUGCUGCGAAUGGUAUCAAUAAACUUCUUGAUGCAAAGUCACUUGGAUUGAAAGUAUUUGAAGACUAUGCAACAACUUGGUAUUGGAUUCUCAUUGGCCUGACGAUCGCCAUGGUCCUUAGUUGGAUAUUUUUGAUACUUCUGAGGUUCAUAGCUGGAUGCCUCUUCUGGGUCUUCAUGAUUGGUGUGAUUGGAAUUAUCGGUUAUGGAAUAUGGCACUGUUACCAACAGUACACCAAUCUUCAGGCACACCCAAGUUCUGUAUUAACUAUCUAUGACAUCGGGAUUCAGACUAACAUAAGCAUGUACUUUGAACUGCAACAAACAUGGUUCACAUUUAUGAUAAUACUCUGCAUCAUUGAAGUGAUUGUCAUCCUCAUGCUGAUCUUCCUCAGGAAUCGAAUCCGAGUGGCCAUUAUCCUGCUGAAGGAAGGAAGCAAAGCCAUUGGAUAUGUUCCUAGUACAUUAGUCUAUCCAGCUUUAACUUUCAUUUUGCUCUCAAUCUGUAUUUGCUACUGGGUCGUGACAGCCGUUUUCUUGGCGACAUCAGGGGUACCUGUGUACAAAGUCAUAGCUCCAGAGGGGCAUUGUAUACAUGAAAAUCAAACCUGUGACCCAGAGAUUUUUAAUACAACUGAAAUUGCCAAAGCUUGCCCUGGGGCUCUGUGUAACUUUGCUUUCUAUGGUGGAAAGAGCUUGUACCAUCAAUACAUCCCUACCUUCCAUGUAUACAACUUAUUUGUCUUUCUCUGGCUUAUAAACUUCGUCGUUGCAUUGGGUCAGUGUGCCCUUGCUGGUGCAUUUGCUACUUAUUACUGGGCCAUGAAAAAACCUGAUGACAUCCCACGAUAUCCACUUUUUACUGCAUUUGGGCGAGCCAUACGAUAUCACACAGGAUCCCUAGCAUUUGGAUCUUUAAUUAUUGCAUUAAUUCAAAUGUUUAAAAUUGUCCUAGAAUACUUGGACCACCGUCUUAAACAGUGGGAGCAUCUGAGUUCCCUUAGUCUCAACUCAAAUAGAAGCCAUACCAGGCAUGUGCAGUUCUUACAGCCGUCUGUCCAGGACUCAAAUUCUCGGUAG